AGAGCUACAAAUGUUUUGAUUAUAAUAUGGACCCCAUGUUUCUGAAUCAGCUGGGCAUGCAGCCUCCAUCUGCUAACUUAGCUCUGGGUCCUGCAAAUGUACCCACCACUCUGGCCCAUCUAAAUGGCCUGCCUCAGGAGUCUAAGCUUGCUUCUUACAUCAGUAACCGUCAACAGUCAUCAAUCCUGAACUCAGUGUUGCCACAGUCUGCUGCCUCCAUCACCAAGACUCUUGCUGCCUUGAGUCUUGACAAUGCCACCAGAAAGGCUCAAUCAGGUGCCAGCGACUUCCUGCCUGCCGUGUCUCUUGGCCUUGGCUCCUCUGGUCUAGCACACUCUUCCUCCUCACCUUCCUUCCACAGUUUCAGCUCCACCACCAGCCACCUCAACUCCGCCUUCUCAGGGGCGGCUGGUCUCGCCUCAAACUCCAACACAAACAACAACCCACUUGCUCCCCACAACUUCCCUGCCCUUGCCACUCCCAGCUAUGCCAACCCCUCCCUCAACACCCCACUGCCUCCCACCACCUUACAUUACUCGGCCGCCCUCAACCCCAGCCAUUAUAUUAUUGAACACAUCGGCGGGACAACAUAUUUCUACACAGCACAAGAGAUGGCUGCGAUGGCAGCGAGCACAGGUGGCAGCAGCAACGGCGGUGGCACGCUAGCAACUGUGGGUGGCGGCGGCAGCAUAUCCUCUUCAUCAGUGCUCAGCAACGGCGGCGUUACUGGCACCGGCAGCAAGUGCCUUCCCAGCAGCAGCAGUGGCACCGACCACCACCUGCUGGCGCUGUCCCCCUACAGUAUGGCGCCCCCAACGCCCGCGCACAUCCACCACCUGCGCACGCACACCGCCGCCCCUCACUUCUUCCUCCAUGACGAACUGCGCCGGCAGCUGCUAGAGCGCCAGACGCUCGCCAUGGCGCAGCUGCCGCCAUAUGUUACGUCUGUCUGUUAGAAACCAUCUGAUGUUCCCAGUACAACUUGAAAUAAACGAGAACAAUGGACACUGAUAUAUUGUUUGUUGCAGGCGACUCACUGCAAGAGCGGCAUCCAGUAUUGUCUGUACCGCAUCCACAGCUACCGCCUCAAUAACGUCAAAGUAACGCAGAUCGUCGACAUGUGGAAGAAGCUCCAGCAUUCCGGCCUUGUACAACUUAGGGAGGUUUUUACCACUAAAGUCUUCGGUGACAACUCGAUGAUCUUCGUGCUGGACUAUCACCCCGGGGCGGAGACACUAGCCUCGCGCUUCAGCAGCAACGCGCCCCUGCAGCCAGGCUGGGAGGGGGCGAUGCUGCCCCCGCCCUCCCUCAACUACACCACCGAGACCGCGCAGCAGGCGCUCGUCGCAGCCGCCGGCGCAGGACGUGAGAUGGUGAGUGAAGCAGUUCUCUGGAGUUUUAUCAUCCAACUCACGGGAGCCGUGAGGGUGAUCCACAAUGGGGGCCUCGCCUGCCGUAUGUUGGACCCUUCAAAGGUUCUUCUUACCGACAACUAUAACAGAAUUCGGAUCAAUGGCUGCGGCAUCCUAGACAUCCUCAACUUUGAUGCCAAUUCAGCAAACCCUCUUUCUGCCGUCCCUCAUAAUCAGCAAGAAGACCUGGUGCAGCUGGGCAAACUCAUCAUGGGCGUUGCGGUGCGUGCGUGCAUGCCAGGCUGUGGGCUGUCCAGAGAUAAGAUCCAGUCAACGCUGGAGCUUGUCCAGCGCACCUACUCCAGAGAUCUGUCCAUGCUCAUCCUGUGCCUCAUCACGCCGCUGCGCAUUAAGAACAUCAAUGAUGUCAUGCCAAUGAUCGGUGCCAGGUUUUACACCGCCGUGGAGUGCGCCACACAGCGAGCUGACAUGUACGAGAGCGAGCUCGCCAAGGAGCUCCACAACGGCCGUCUCUUCCGUCUCAUUACGAAGCUUUCAGCCAUCGUGGACAGACCUCACGUGAAUAACGACAGCAACUGGUGUGAGACUGGCGACCGGUACAUGCUGAAGCUUUUCAGGGACUACCUCUUCUACCAGACCCACGAAGACGGGCGACCGUGGCUUGAUCUCGGCCACAUGGUGUCGGUGCUCAACAAACUGGACUCCGGCUCUCCUGACCAGAUCACCUUGUGCUGUGCAAUCAGUGCUUGUACCUCACACGAUCCUAUGGUCACCAUCACCAUUUGGCACAGCGGGGGAGGGGGGAAGGUUGUGUUCUUCGCGGGUGUGAGAACCGCUCAGCUGAGACGCGACCUCGACCUCACCCAGUCUCAUCCCCACUCCCUGACUCGCUCCAACUGUCUCAUCCCCACUCCUCGACUCGCUCUAACUGUCUCAUCCCCACUCCUCGACUCGCUCCAACUGUCUCAUCCCCACUCCUCGACUCGCUCCAACUGUCUCAUCCCCACUCCUCGACUCGCUCCAACUGUCUCAUCCCCACUCCUCGACUCGCUCCAACUGUCUCAUCCCCACUCCUCGACUCGCUCCAACUGUCUCAUCCCCACUCCUCGACUCGCUCCAACUGUCUCAUUCUCACUCCACGACUCGCUCCAACUGUCUCAUCCCCACUCCACUAUUCUUGUGAGCGCGUCAUGCAGCUGA